CUGGGAUGACAGGCGUGAGCCCCCGAGCCCGGCGAGGCGUGUCUUCCAGAGGAAGCCCGGUCCGUCCUGUUCCUGGUCUCAACCUUGGUUGCAGCCCCUCCCCCGCCGCAGCUGCAGCAGGUGCAGGGUGGGGGUCGGAGGACCCUCAGGAGCUCAGGAUUUGACGUCAUCCGGGUGUCAGCACCUUGCAGGUCUGGGCAGCCCGGGAGGUCAGUCAGUGCACCUGCUUAGUUGGAGAGGACACACCUGGGCAGAUGCACAGGUACGGGGCAGAGGACGCACCUGGGCAGAUGCACAGGUACGGGGGAGAGGACACACCUGGGCAGAUGCACAGGUACGGGGCAGAGGACGCGCCUGGGCUGAAGCACAGGUACGGGGGAGAGGACACACCUGGGCAGAUGCACAGGUACGGGGCAGAGGACGCGCCUGGGCAGAUGCACAGGUACGGGGGAGAGGACACACCUGGGCAGAUGCACAGGUACGGGGCAGAGGACGCGCCUGGGCAGAUGCACAGGUACGGGGGAGAGGACGCACCUGGGCAGAUGCACAGGUACGGGGCAGAGGACAACCUGGGCAGAUGCACAGGUACGGGGCAGAGGACACGCCUGGGCAGAUGCACAGGUACGGGGGAGAGGACGUGCCUGGGCAGGUGCACAGGUACGGGGCAGAGGACACACCUGGGCAGAUGCACAGGUACGGACUCCCACCUGGCCCGAGCAGCCCAGGCCCCCGGCCAUCUGGGCCCCGCUGCCCGCCAUGCUGCCGCCGGGGCUGGUGGGGCUCCCUGGCGCUGCUGGACCUUCGCGCUGCCCGGCGCGCCCUGUUGCCCUCCUGUGAUGGAGCGGCAGCUGCCAGCCCCGCUCGGCCUGUGAAAUGUCAGCGGUUUCAUGUCAAUCCUGGAGGUUUUAUUGCCUUUCCCCCCCGUUUUCCGGUGGGAUCUCGAUCCAAUCAAGGCCGACACGGAGUGACGGCAGAUUUGUGUUCCUGUCCGAAGUUGGGGAAAGGUCAC